GCCAUCUGCAUUUCCAGGCUCUUUUGCUGUUAUUUCUAUUGUUUGCAAGCUGGCUAGCCUAUGUAACAUUUGAGGACACACCACAAGGAAAGACCAUUUUUACCUCAUAUGGUACAACAUUAUACCAGAUGUUUGUCCUCUUCACCACAUCCAAUAAUCCUGAUGUAUGGGUCCCUGCUUACAAGAGCUCUCGUUGGUACGCCCUGUUUAUUGUUAUCUAUGUGCUGUUGGGAGUUUAUUUCCUAACAAAUUUAAUUCUUGCCGUCAUUUAUGAUAGCUUUAAAGAGCAGCUAGCAAAACAACUUGCUCAGAUGGACUCUAUAAGGAAAACUAUUCUACAGAGGGCAUUUGAUCUCAUCGAUACUAAUGGUCAGGGCUAUCUCAGCAAGGAACAGUGCCUAUCGUUACUUGAUGAGCUAAACAAGUACAGGUCGUUGCCCAAGACCUCACGGGAAGAUUUUGAACUAAUCUUUACCGAGCUUGAUCAGAGUGGUGAUUUCAAGGUUACCCCGGAGGAAUUUGCCGAUCUAUGCAAUACUAUUGCAAUAAAAUUUCAGAAAGAACCACCAGUAUGUUUACUUCUUAGAUGCUCAUAAUCCUAUGUUUAUUCCGUGUCAUGAAAUUUUUGCUUAAAUUUGGACUAGUUUGAUCCAAAGUUAACUGAGAAUUUUGAACACUAAGUGGUCAUUAUACAAGCAAAAGCCAUAAUACAGCAUAUUUGAACUUAGAAUUUAUGAAAUCAUAUUUUACGCUAAAAAGACACUGUCAUUUUUCAGGGCCUAUACAAAUUUUUUUGCAAUGUAUGAAUAAUAGUGUUGUUAUGCUCAACCAUAAGCAGGCAUGGAUGCAGUUGAGGGCAAAGGGGGAGCCUUGCUCCCCAAUGCUUUAUUUAUUUCUCUAUUGUACUACAAUGUUUCAUGUAAACAAGAGAAAAAACUUUACUUAGCAUUAUCUAAUGUUUAGUUACAGCUAUAUGGCCCUGCCCCCCUGAUAAUAACUUUCUGGCUUCCUUCCUGCAUGAAAGCGCUAACUGUUAGCACUAGCUACAAGCCUACACUUGAACAAUAUGACCGCCACUGGUGUAAACGUAAUGUUCUUUUCAGAUCGAGUUUAGUACUGCUUUGACGGCUUUGAACCGUCUACU